AUAUUUUUCAGUUUGUUUGUGAUUUAAGCUCUUAAUAUUGACAUGGCUGCCAAUUUGCUUGCCCCCGCUGCAAGAAGGUGUGUAUAUAUAUUGAGUUUGUUUGUGAUUUAAGCUCUUAAUAUUUAUUUGCUUAUGUUUAUUGAUUCAUUUAAAUGUGCAUUUGUAUGUAUAUAUGUAUGUGAAUGUAUAGGUUGGAAGGAAAGGUACGUGGCGUUGAUCACUGGAGCUGCGAGUAGCAUUGGAGAGUGCAUAGCAAGGCACUUCUGCAAACAUGGAGCCAAAGUCAUCAUCGCAGACAUACAACACCAAUUGGCUCACUCUGUUUGCCAAGACAUUGGACCGGCGGUCGCGCACCCCGUUUACUGCGACGUAUCCAAUGAAUCCCACGUCGAGAAUGCAGUGAACGUUGCAGUCUCCAAGUUUGGCACUCUGGACAUAAUGAUCAACAAUGCUGCAAUCGCAGACCCCAACAAACCCAACAUCGUGGACAACAAUGUCGCUGAUUUCGAACGCGGUUUGAGCGUCAAUCUGACCGGUGUUUUCCUGGGAACCAAACACGCGGCUAGGGUGAUGAUCCCUAACAAGAAGGGUAGCAUAAUCAGUGUUGGCAGUGUUAGUUCAAGCGUUGGAGGUGUUGCUUCUCAUGCUUACACGAGCGCGAAGCAUGGAAUCAUCGGACUGACUAAGAAUGUUGCAGCUGAACUAGGGCCGUAUGGAAUUCGAGUGAAUUGUCUGUCUCCAUACUUCAUUGCGACCCCAUUGGCGCUCAAUUUCUUCAAGCUUGAAAAUGGAGGUCAAUCUGGUGUUUAUUCUAAUCUGAAAAAGGUGGCUCUUCAACAAGAAGAUGUAGCUGAAGCUGCUAUUUAUUUAGGGAGCGAUGAGUCCAAGUAUAUGAGUGGGCAUAAUCUGGCUUUGGAUGGAGGCUUCACCACCAUUAAUCCUGCUUUUGGUUUGUUUUCAAGGUCAAAACUGGACUAGAAAUGUAUAGAUCACCUUAUCAUUACAGUUUGUCAAUCCUUAAUAAACCUGAUGAAUAAAAACUGGAGUAUCAUCUCAGAAGCAUAUCAUCA